AUGCACCAUGCGAUUUGCAUGGUGCAUGGAAAGCCUGGUGACGGACAGAUGGCCGGUGACGAACGCGAGAAAGCAUGGCACGGACCUGCGGGCACGCGGAGAUGUCCUGGCCUGACACCCCCCGUGAUUUUAUGUGCCAAGGGAAACACCGGAGUCGUGCAAAAUCAGGACAAUUUCUCGCUUUGUUUCCUGGCUGACGGCUGGACCUUGGCAUGUUGUUCAGAUGGUCAUGGCUUUCAUGGGCAGCUUGUUGCCACACGUGUGGUGACAACGGUCCCGCACUUCAUCGCCCAUAAGUUCGCCGACGGUCUAGAGGAACGUGGUGUACCUGCGGCGCUGGCAGCGGCUUUCGACUCUGCUCAAAAGGACUUGGAGGCACACUCUGCCAGAUUUGGCUGGGACUGCGAGGCCAGCGGCGCUUCGCUCAUCGCGGCUUUGUACAAGGGGAGCAAGGUCUACACAGCCCAUUGCGGCGAUGCCAGGUGUGUGAUUGGAAUGGAACAAUCUGGUUCCCUCGUUUUCGCCACAGAGGAUCACAAGCCAGACGUCCCCAUUGAACAGGCUCGGAUAAACGCAGCCGGUGCAGAGGUGCGCUCCGAGAUUUUCGCGGAUGGUUGGAUGGUGCAUCGCAUUUUCGCUCGUGGUCAGGAUUAUCCUGGCUUGUGCAAGUCGCGCUCCUUGGGCGACACGCUGGCUAAGGAUUGCGGGGUCCUGGCAGAGCCUGACAUUUCCGUCACGGAGGUGAAAGCCGGGAAAAAACCGUUCAUGAUCCUCGCGAGUGAUGGCAUCUGGGAGUUUCUGGAGUCGGAGUUUGUUGUCAAGGCGGUCUCCAAGAUCUUACCCUUGGAGGGGCCCACGAGGGCAUUGCACAAGCUGCACCGUGAAGCAAGGAAAAGAUGGAGACAGGAAGGCCACACCUACGACGACAUGACUGCGAUCCUUGUCAGAUUGUAG